AUGACGACGCGCUCCCCUCCCCCGCUCGUGGACGCGGACGUCGUGUCGACCGCGCUCGCGACGUUCUGGCUCGCGUUCGCGUCCGCGUCGGUGAUCGCGGAGCGCGACCUCGUCCCGUUCGCGACGUCGUUCCUCCGAGGGCUCGCAUCGCGAGGGAAAGACGACGACGACGACGACGACGACGACGACGACGACGACGACGACGCGAACGACGACGCCGGCGCGCGCGCGAAGAAACGCCGCGCGUUCACCGUCCCGCACGCGUGGUUCUCGCACUUCUACGUCCUCGGAUUUAUCGUGAACGCCGCGCUGACGCUCCUCGCGCUCGCGGCGUUACACGACGCGAUGGACGCCGACGGAGGGACGACGAACGCCUCGGCCGCGGCGGCCGCGCGGGGCGUCGUCGUCCACGUCCUCUUCCAGGUCCACAUCGCGCGACGCGCGCACGAGAGCGCGUUCAUCUCGACGUAUCGCGCGGAGGCGAGGAUGCACGUCGCGGGGUACCUCGUCGGGAUGGCGUACUACGUCCUCGCGCCGCUCACAUUCGCGCCGGCGGCGGUCGUCGAUAAAAUUUUAAUCUCGACGCGAGGCGGCGGCGGCGGCGCUCUUGGCGCUCUCGGCGCGCUGACGCGGACGAUGCUCGACGCCGCGAGAGAGACGACGUCGUGCCGUUACCCGAGGCGUCUCGCGCGGGUACACGCGCGCGCGCCGCCGCCGCCGCCGCCGCCGACGACGACGACGACGACGAAAGCCGAGGAGGAGGACGAGCGCGCGGGUCGUCGUCGUCGUCGUGCGACGGAGGGGUACGGCAUCCCGCGCGGGGGAUGGUUCGAGCGCGUGUCGUGCCCGCACUACCUCGCCGAGUGCGUUCUCUAUCUCGGGUUGUGCGUCGCGCACGCGAGCGACGACGCGACGCGGACGAGGUCGGCGCUCGCGAUGCUUCUCGCGGUGUUCGCGAACCUCGCGCUCGCGGCGAGGAGGAACCACGCGUGGUACCUGAAGAACAUGCCCGAGUACCCGCGCGACAGGUGGGCGAUGGUGCCGUACGUGCUGUGA